AUGAUUUCAACUGGUGCUAUAUUUGGUAUUGUAAUUGCAACAUUCGUUGUUGUUUUAUUAAUCAUAUUCUUUAUUGGCUAUUUAGUAAGCCCAUAUUAUGAAUAUUUAUUCAUUCCAUCAAAAAGAAAUCAUUUAGAAUUUAAAAUUAAACAUUUUAUUGAAUCAGAUUUAGAGUCUCAAUCUAAUAAUGAUACCACGAUAGCUUUGAAUAGUUACCCAUUAGAUUCAUCAACACCAGUUAAGAAAAAUGUAAUCAGUGAAGCUGAUCUAAUAUCUGAUUUUAACAGUCUUUUGGAAAAUUUCGAAAAGAUAAGUGAUCAAUUAAGUAAACAAAGUAGUUCAUUUUCACAUACGGUAAUAUUACAAGCCUUAUCUGCUCAAGAGAAUAUUAAAAGGGUAUCUGAUCCAUAUUCAUCUAAUUAUAUUUCAAUUGGUGAGAUUGUCGUUGUUGUUAAACCUUAUUUGGAUUUACAAACUGGUGAUUAUUUACGAAUUGUUAAAUUUUUUAUUAAUGAAAAUAAAGAAGAAGCAGAUGAAUUAAAACAAAUGAACUUGAGUAAAUCGGAUAUGAACAUUGCAAAAACUGGAAGUGAUUCCGAUUAUUCUAUGAGUACUAUUGAUAAAGAGAAUGUUUUACAUUGUUCUAUUUGGUGUAAAGGUAUUAUAUUAAGUAAUUAUAUGGAAGAUUCAAAUGGUUUGAUAUUAAGACAUAAGGAUGAAAAUGAAGAUGUUGAAUUGAUGAAAUGUUUUCCUUUGGAUGUUGUUUCUUUAGAAACAACAAUUUUGAAAAAUUACCAAAAUGAAUAA